AAAAAAUCUAAAGGGAUACGUGCACCUUAAAGAUAAAAUAAUUAUUCGACAAGGACAGGAAUAAUUGACAGUGAAACGAUGACGUUCUUUGGAAAGGCAAUGUUUUUUACAGUUCUCUGCUGUAUUGGAUUAACAAAGUGUACAGAUUGCCCAGACCGUUGGGUUGCCUACCAUGGCUCAUGUUACCUUUUUGGACACCGUGUGAACCAAACGUUUGUUGAAGCAGAGAAAUUUUGUCGUCAGCACAACAGCGGGCAUCUCGUAGAGAUACAGACAAAUUCAGAGAAUAUCUUUCUCAAAGAUUUUCUCAGAGAUCUGGGAGCUAGGUUACCUAUGUCUACAUUUCGCUGCUCCAGUUGUGGUCCUGAAAAGAAUGGCGUGACCACAUCUUCUACAUUAAUUUGGUUGGAGUUAUCUGUAUAUAUAUAUUUUACGGAAUGAAUCUUAAUAUAUAGAUAGUCUACAGUAUGAUUCAUUCCGUAAAAGUUGUGUCUCUACCUACUUAUUGGAUUUUUUUUAAAUCAUAUAUAUAUUGGGUCUUUGUUUUGUCUUUUGAAGACCCAAUAAAUGCCCAAGACCCGAUAAGUAGGUAGAGACCCAGCUUUUACGGAAUGAAUCUUAUUGUAGACCCAACAAGUUAGUAAAAAUAAGUCUAUGUAUAUAAAUAAAUAUACGUAUAUAUA